AUGAAGCCCUUGUCUUUGCGGACAACGGUGGUUGGCGACUCGGGAUUCCUGCCCAAUCAGCUUGCAGGCGACCCGUCCGGAGGCGAAAUGCGGGCAAUGGAGCAGCUGGAGCUGGAGCGAGGCGUGUGUAACCCGUUCAAGAAAUACACGCCGGAAAUGGUGCGAGCGCGCGCCUUCAGUUCCCCCUCAGCGUUUUUAGGCAUCCUCCUGCGGGGCACGGAGAUCGUGUGGGAGCUGACCAUGUUCUUCCUCUCGCUCUCCUACGACAAGCUCAUGGGCCUGGACGACCGCAACGUGCCCACGCGCGCCGCGCAGCUGCGCCGCCUGCUGUGCCGCCUGGGCCCGUCGUUCAUCAAGUCAGGACAGGUGCUGGCCAACCGACCGGAUAUCAUCAGAGAGGAUUACAUGAACGAGCUCUGCAUUCUUCAGGACGACGUGCCUGCCUUCCCCACUCAGGUGAGUCUGCCUGCCCCCACGCAGUUCACGCAGGUUGCAGGUGAAAGCUGUCUGCUGUGCCGCCUGGGCCCGUCGUUCAUCAAGUUGGGGCAGGUGCUGGCGAACCGGCCAGAUAUCAUCAGAGAGGACUAUAUGAACGAGCUCUGCAUUCUUCAGGACGACGUCCCUGCCUUCCCCACUCAGGAAGCGUUUGCCAUAAUCGAGGCCAACAUGGGGGUGCCUCUGGAGGAGACCUUCAGCGCCAUCUCUCCCGAGCCUGUUGCCGCGGCUAGCCUCGGGCAGGUCUACCGAGCCAGGCUGAGAGCCUCGGGAGCCGAGGUGGCAGUCAAGGUGCUGCGGCCGGGGAUCGAGCCAGUGAUCUACCGCGACCUCUUCCUGUUCCGCACGCUCGCGUCCUUCCUGAACGGCAUCUCCAUUCAGAAGCUCGGGUGCAAUGCGGAGCUCAUCGUCGACGAGUUCGGGGAGAAGCUUCUAGAAGAGCUGGACUACCGCCAGGAGGCGCGCAACAUCCAGAGCUUCUACGAGAACUUCUUGGGUGAUCCGACGGUCAAGAUCCCGCUGUGCUAUUCGGAAUUGAGUGGAGAACGGGUGCUGGUGAUGGAGUGGAUUGACGGCAUUCGCUGCACCGACCCCCAGGCCAUCCGAGCAGCGGGCAUAGACACGGAGGUGUUCCUCACAGUGGGCGUCAGCGCUGCUCUCCGCCAGCUGCUAGAGUUCGGCCUCUUCCAUGGCGACCCGCAUCCAGGAAACAUCUUUGCCAUGAGGGACGGGCGCAUAGCCUACGUGGACUUUGGCAACGUGGCGGAGCUGAGCCAGUACAACAAGGAGAUCCUCAUAGACGCCAUCGUGCAUGCCGUGAAUGAAGAUUACGUUGAAAUGGCCGGGGACUUCACAAGGCUGGGGUUCCUGGCUCCUGGCACGGAUGUUACUCCCAUUGUGCCGGCGCUGGAGGCGAUCUGGCAGAACAGCACGGGGCAGAGCCUGGCGGAUUUCAACUUCCGCACCGUCACACGCAAGUUCAACCAGCUGGUCUACAACUUCCCCAUCCGCAUCCCCGAGCGCUUCUCCCUCGUGAUCCGCUCGCUGCUCACCCAGGAGGGCAUCUGCCUCUCCCUCGAGCCCAACUUCAAGUUCCUCGAAGUGGCUUACCCUUACGUGGCCAAAAGGCUGCUUACGGACCCUGAUCCAGCACUGCGGUCGCGACUCAUCCAGGUGCUAUUCAAAGACGGUGUGUUCCAGUGGAAGCGUCUGGAGAAUCUGAUCACACUGGCCAAGGAGCAAGUGGCGCUAGCAAACAGAGCACGCAAUCCAGACGGCACUUUCACGGCAGUAGCAGUGGCAGCGGCAGCAACACCAGCUCCUGCAGCUGUUGCCCCCAACUCACGCUUCUUCCCACUUGAUCCUGCUGCUUUCGGGAGCCUCAGCCAGCUCGCUCUGCCAAUCCCAGCUCCAGCCUUCCUCACAGGCCUCUCCACUACAGGCCCAGCCAGAGCCGCCACGUCAGCUGCCACGUCAGCAGCGUCAGCAGUGGCGGACGGGGGUUUGGACCUGAGGGAGACGAUUCGGGACGGGGCACGCGUACUGCUGAUGGACCCGGGGCUCCGGAGGCAGAUUCUGCUGGCGUUCACUCAGGACUCACGUUUGCAUGUCAAGGAGGUGAUGGAUUUAUACCGGCUUGUGGCUGACGACCUGCCUACCGAUGCUCUUGUGGGAGACAUUGUUGAAGGCAUACCAUCGAUUGGAAGGGAUCUGCUUCUUUCGUGGAGUGACAGCAUCCUCGAAAGGCGUCGAGAUAGCUUGCACGCCGUGGACUGGGCGAUUGAGAAUCAUUUGCGGCCGUCCGAUCUGGUGACGAUGCUGCAUGUGCAAUCGCCAACGGAGGCCCUCACUGCUCCCGGAAUCUACGCAGCUUGGGAUUCUGACGCGGGUGGUGCUGCUCUGGGCGACACGACGAUGAGUGAGGCGGCCAUGGAUCAGCUUCUUGUGCGCACAGAGGAGCGCCAGAGCGCCGUCAACGCGGAGCUCAAGCGGCUGCUGCUGCAGCGAUGCUCCAACGCGGAGCUGCAGUGUGAGGUGAGGGUUGUGCGCGAUGCAGACCCGCGGGAGAGGAUCGUGUCUGAGGUGGCGGAUACAGAUGCUGACGUGUUGAUCCUGGGCAGCCGGGGAAUGGGCCCUGUGAAGAGGAUGCUGAUCGGGAGCGUUUCAGAUUAUUGUGUCAACCACGCACCUUGCCCUGUGGUAGUAGUAAAACCGUCUGCCUAUUCAAGCUGA